AGAAAAUGGCCAUUUACGCACCUACUGGAACUAAUUUUCUCAAAAUUUCAAUGUUUGGCUUUGUUAUAUAAUUGAUUAAUUUUAAAUCAAAUAUAAAUUCCUGCCAAGUCGGGUGAAUCUUCAUUACUUUCGUGUCAGUUGAGCAAUUAACACAAUAUGGAAAAAACAACUGCAUUACUUGUCUUUUUGUGUAUCAUAUUCCCUUGUAAAGCUUUAGAAACAUGUGAUGACGAAGAUGACUAUGGAACAUACAAAUUUGAUUAUGGUGUCGAAGACCAUCACACCGGUGAUAUAAAAUCGCAUCACGAAGUACGACUUGGCAAGGAAGUGAGCGGUGUUUAUACUGUGCGUGAACCUGAUGGUACUAUCCGAGUGGUCAAGUACACUGCUGGACCUCAUAAAGGUUUUCAAGCCGAGGUCCAGAAAGUGAACCCUUCGGAUUUUCUUGGUACUUCCGGUACUUCUGGUAGUACUUUUGGGAGUUUCAGUGGUCUCUUGACUCAAACUACCUCCGGUAAUUCUGGCAGUACCUCUGGAGGUGGGCAAGGGUUGGAACUUUUGAGACAAAAUUUACUCCAAGGUACUUCUGGCAGUACCUUUGGAAGUUUUAGUGGUUCCUUGAGUCAAAGCACAUCGAGUAAUUCUGGUAGUACCAGUGGACAAGGAUUGGGUCUUUCGAGACAAAAUUCAUUGCAAGGGGCUGGUACCUCUGGUACUUCUGGUAGUACUUUUGGUGAAUUCAAUGGACAAGGACUGGGUUUUUUGGGUCUAAAUUUCUUGCAAGGAGGAGCUAGUGAACAAGCACCUGUCAUACUAGUACCUGUAGGUCCGAACCGGGACAAUAAUUGAAAAUGCCAUAAUUAUUUUUUAUGUAUUUGUUAAAAAUAAACUUUAACCUUA